AUGACGGAAGCUGGCACCUUUCCCCUGCCGGCGAACCUGCCCGUGCCCGAGGAUACGGGCGCGUGCGUGCACCUCCCUGGCCACCCGAUGCCGCCCCUCAUCGAGCUGGCGUCCACGGCCGGCGGUGUUGUCGACCUGUUCCUCCUCUCGCUCUCGCGGCCCGUCCUCGUGUUUGUGUACCCACGCACGGCCUCGCCCGGCGAGGAGGUGCCCGAGUCGUGGAAUGCACUUCCGGGCGCACGCGGCUGCACCCCCGAGCUCUGCUCCAUCCGCGACGGCCUCCACCCUCUCGUCGAGCACGAGCCGACGCUGGCCAUCUUUGGCCUCAGCGUCCAGCCAACAGCUAUCCAGCAGGAAGCCGCCACGCGGCUCAGGCUGCCCUACGCGCUCCUCUCCGACGAGUCGCUCGCCCUGCAAAAGGCCCUCGACCUGCCGACGCUCCAGUGGCAGGGCAGGACCUUUCUCCAGCGCGUCACGCUCCUCCUCAAGGAGGGCCAGAUCACCCAGGUCCACUAUCCCGUCUUUCCCCCCGAUAAGGCGGCAGCCGUGGCGCUGCAGAUGCUCAAUGGAUCUCGUCACGCUUGUGUGCCUGAAAGUUGUGAAGAGGCCGACGGAGAGGCGGAGGUGGCAGAGGCUGAG